CUUGUACGCAUUUCUGUCAAGUUCCCUUGGCGUCCCGCUGGGCGGGGUCAGUGUUGGCAUCCUUAGGAUUCCGCUUGAACUCUGAUUGGUGGCAUUUUGUGAUAUAUGUUCGAAAUCCUAUUGGCUUUCCUGGGCGUGUGCUUUUCGUCUCCAUCAAAGUUGGCGAUACAACAGAUGGCGGGCUUUGCAACAUCUGUCUCAUUGAACGAUGGAUGGCGCACUGCUGUCAGUGUGUGCCAAUGCUACGUAACUUCAUAUGUAAAUGCAUGCUUGCAGGCUCUCCUUGCUGUUGCUCGAUAUUAAAAACACGGCUUUUGGGAUCGACUUCUACACGAGAAAUAUAUGCUUCUUGAACGAUUUCACCAGUCGGGCCAAGUUUUCGAAUUCUACGAUGUUGCCAUGGGAAUUCAGAGGAUGAGGAGCACCGGUCUCCCCGACCCGAGGUAAUGGGAUGUGGUGGAUCAAAAAUCCUCUCGAUCAAGAAUAAAAGGAGUCGUCGCCAAGGGCUAUUGCUUGUCUGACAUCCUCCUCCCUUCGUUCGUUCUCCCCCUUUUUGGUCUUUUGCACUCGCAUCUUUUAGGGCUGCCCGGUAGCGCCCCUGGACUUCCAUUCGUUUAAACAACCCGUCCUACUCGUUUUCCAGCAGGUUCUUCUAUCCGGCAUUUCACUCAGUUUUCACAAUGCGUUUCUCUACCGUUGCUUCUGCUUCUGUCGCCCUAGUGGCUUCUUUCUUGGUUUCUGCCGCUCCGGUCAGGAGACAAGCCAACCCUACUGAUCUCCUCGUGCUCAAAUUCGCCCAUGUACUAGAACAAUUCGAAACCCAGUUCUAUACCCAAGCGAUUGCGAAGUUCCAGGAGACUGACUUCAUUGCAGCCGGUUUUGGCAACGCACAAGUUAUUAUUGAGCAAAUCACGAACAUUCAGAUUGACGAGUCGAUACAUACGACUGUUCUCCAGGAAACGAUUAUUGCUCAAGGCGGUACACCUAUAACCAGUUGCGCGUUCAACUUUGACGCAGCAUUGACUGAUGUUGCUACCAUGGCUGCCACCGCUCGUGUUGUGGAGAACCUUGGUGUCUCUGCUUACCUUGGCGCAGCCCAUCUCAUCUCCGACUCGGUUCUCCUCACAGCUGCUGGCUCUAUUUUGACCGUCGAGGCUCGUCACCAGACUAUUUUGAACAUCCUCACUCAGGGCUCUGCUAUUCCGUCCGGUUUCGAUAUUGCCUUCACCCCAAGUGAAGUCCUUGCAAUCGCUACCUCUUUCAUCUCCGAGUGUGAUCUUGGCAUUCCUGCCAACCCUACGCUUUCAAUCACCAACACUGGAACUGUGGCUCCCGGAACUGCACUUACGUUCUCGUCUCCCGCAUUGAACAGCAGCGUCUCCACCGAUUCGCUCUCUUGCCAAAUGCUCGUCGGUGGCGCCCCCUUCGCUGUUGUUCUCCCCAUGUCCGCCUGUGUUGUGCCUGACGGCAUCAACGGACCCGUCGCUAUCUUCGUCACUUCUGACGCACAACCAUUGAACAACAACGUCCGUGACCAGGCAACUGACAAGCUCAUCGCUGGCCCCACCAUGGCUUUCAUUGACACCAAGCCCGAGAUGAUCGGCCAGCUCGCUCGCGGUGGAGGCUCUAGCGCCAGUGCCUCUGCGUUGAGUACUAGCUCUACUCAAACCAUCACUCCUGCUGAGGCCAGUGCUCUUGCGGCCAGUGCCAGCGGAAGUGCAAGUGCCCCCGAGGCGACAGCUUCCUCUUCCAACAACGUUGCUUCUGGCGGCGCGGCGUCAGGAAGCAUUAGCGUGAGCGGUUGGGCUUCGGUUCCCAAGUCUUCUUAAAAGAACGACGGGAUUUGCAGCGUUGAAGGCUGCUACGGACGCAACGUAUGAAUGGACUAUGUGAUACUACUGAGUUGAUCCUCAAUCAUCAUGACGCCGUGUAGAACUUCCUUUUCUCGGACUCGCCUAGGUCGAUGUAUUCUUUUUGGUUCCUACAUUACAUACAUACUUGUACAGUGUACAUUUUUCCGCAAUACAUCAGGGCAAACGAGUUGGGUAUGAAAAACAGUCUAGUGUAUAAGUGAGAUAUUAUGGUAUCGCCGAAGUCCUGUAAGUCCUGUAAGAGAAGUAUGAAAUGCACUACAAUAAUGACAAAGUAUGAAA